AUGAAAAAAAUAUAUUGGAUAUUGGAUAUGGCCUUGAGAUUCAGAGGAAUUUUGACAUUUGUUAUUAGAAUGCGUUCAAAAAGGCGUUCGAAUGUUACUCACGAAGAAACUGUUGAAAAACAGCCGCGCAAACAGUCUUCAGAAGAUGAAGAACAACAGUCUUCCUCAACUCAAAACCUAGACUGGUGUACUAAAUAUCCUGGUUCCUCACGCAAAUUAGCACGUCCUUUAUCAUCCAAAUGGAAUAUGAAGAUUGUAUCGUGGAAUGUCAACGGGAUACGGGCUGUCAUAAAAAAUAAGGGUAUAGAGUAUAUUGUUAAAGAAAAUGCAGACAUAGUUUGCAUACAGAAAACUAAAUGCCGUUUGCAUGAAAUACCAUCCAAGGCCAGAUUCCCAUCAUACCAAUCAUUUUGGUCGUCUGCAGACAAGGCUGGAUAUGCAGGAACAGCUCUGUUUUCAAAAAUCUCCCCAAUUAAAGUGACCUAUGGUAUAGGUAUAAAAAAGCAUGACGAAGAAGGACGUGUUAUCACUGCAGAAUACGACAAAUUUUACCUUGUUACUGCCUAUGAACUAUUUCAAUCAGCUGGUGAUGCAGCAUUGAAAGUUUAUGAAGGACGUUUAGCUACAAAAUAUUAUGAACAAGCUGAUCUUUUAGAAGAAUAUAUCACCAGUGUACAAGAGACAACAGAAUAAGAAGAACAAAAAAGAAAUUUGAAUUCUUUGAAUCAUUUUCUUCUAUAUUUUUUACUCCGGUGGGAUUGAUUGGUUGGUGUGUGUAAUUCAUAAUUCAUAUUCAUAUUGGAAAAUUUACUGCCAAAAUUUUAUCAACACUACUGUAUUUAUUAUAAUGUAUGUAUGUAAAAAUCAAUUUUGUUUUGUUUUCCCAUUCUACAUGACUUUUAUUAUUAUUAUUGUUAUUGUUAGUAGUAGUAGUAGUAGUCGUACUUUUUUGGUUUCAUUUUGAUAUUUUUGGCUUCCUUUUAGCAUUAUUCUUCUUUUUCUUGACUCCUUCCUUUGAAUGAAUUAUUUUACUCUCUCUCUCUUUCUCUCUUGAAUAAUACCAGAAUUAAUUGUUUUUACAAAAUACCAAAAUGUGCAUGUAAUACUUUGUAAUUGCUCAUUUCUUUUUUUCCGAAAAAAGAAGGUAUUAUUGAUCGUCUGCUCAUAUUUUGUGCACUGCCAGUUUGUGCUGUUAUUUACUUUUUUUUCUCUCUGUAAUCAUGUGUAACAAUUUACUCAUUUUCGUUAAUUCCUCCCCCUCUUUAUAUUUCACAAUGUUUCACAGUUCACAGAUAUGUGUCAACUCGGAUCGAUAUGGAUGUAUAUACACAUGACUAGAUCGUAUGUUUCUCAUAGCUGACACACACACUGAUUACAUUCCCUUUCUGGCAUUUCCAUUUACCCUUGUUGAUUUUUACCUGUUAUCCUUCCUCCUUUAAAAAAAUGAACAUAUAAGAGGAAAACACUAUCAGUCCUUGCAAAAAUCAAUAAAACCAUGAUUUUUAUUUGGAAUGAGAUGUUGGAGUUAUUGUCUCUUUUUUUAAUUAUUGUUUGACAAUUUGGUUUGUUC